CCCCCCGGCCCGGAUUUUGGCUUUUCCGCUUGGGAUCUUUCCUGCUCGCCGAACCCCUGCCCGGUUCCUUCAUGGCUCCAAGGACGAGUCCUGGCGGCGGCGCCCUGGAGAGGAUUUAGAGCGGAUUAAAGGAGCACCUGGAUGUGCGUUCUGGAGUGACGCCGCCUGAGCCCUCUUGCCGCUACCAGUCAUGUUGGCCUGCCUGCAGAGAACACAGAACCCGCCGGUCCAACACCUGGCCUGCCCGAACAAGUCCCUUGAACCACGCAAGUGUGAAACGAUGGCCCCCGUGCACUCCCCGCGGUACCCCAGCCCGGCGGAACUGGAUGCCUACGCACAGAAAGUGGCGAACCACCCCCUGACCAUCAAGAUCUUUCCCACGAACAUCAGGGUCCCUCAACACAAGCACCUUAACCGGACGGUGAACGGGUACGACACCACCGGGCAGCGCUACAGCCCCUACCCGGUGCACGCCAGCAGUUACCAGGGCCUGCUGGCCAUUGUGAAAGCGCCCUCCGGCAAAGGCGUGGUGAAGAGCGCGGAGGGCAAGCGGACGAAGCUGUCCCCCGCCCACGUGGCCGUCGCCCCCUACCCGGUGACAAGCACUUUAGCCCCAGGCCCUUCCUGCGCCCCCCAGCUGGGUUACCACGGCACCCAGAAGCAGAUGGAGGCCCCCCUGCCCCCCAACGUCACGGUGGCCGCCUCGGCCAUCCCGCACGCCGGCAGGGGCCUGGCGCUGCCCCAGUCCAACCUGCCCUCCAUCCAGAACAUCAUCUUCCAGAUCAAUCAGCAAUGCCAGGCCCAGAAUAGCCAGCCGGUGUGCCAGGGCGUGGUGGCCGCCCACCCCAGCCCGGCCAAGCACGGCGGCGCCAACGGCUUCGCCACCAUGGCCGCGGUAGGGGCGGCGGUGGCGUACGCGGGGGCCGUGCUGCCCGAUUGCCGUAAGGGGGCCGAGCUGGUGGCCGGCUCCAACCCGAGCGGGGGGCUCGGCGGCCCCAAGCCCGGCCUCUACCCAGACAGCAUGGACUACCUGCUCUGGCAGCAGAAGCAGCAGCAGCAGCAGCAGCUGCGGAUGUACAGCGCGGGCAGCGGGGGCGGGGGGGCCGUCAGCAAGUCGCCGGAGGUGUGCUCGGGGGUCUUGCGCGCCUACCCCAUGGCGGGCACCGCCGACAAGGUGAGCUCGUCGCCCUUGAACUGCGUGGGCAUGCACGGGAAUUUCUCGGUGGGGCAGUACUUCGCGCCCCCCUGGAACAGCAUCCUGGUCACCCCCAACAGCGACUGCUACAACCCCCCAGAGCUAGCCAACGGGCCCCGCGAGCUGGGCGUGCACCCCUCGGACGGGCUGCCCAGUUUGCCCAGCAAGACCCUCUGCAAUACCUCCAUCCUCAGCAGCAGCCUCCAGUCGCUGGAGUAUCUCAUCAACGACAUCCACCCGCCCUGCAUCAAAGAGCAGAUGUUGGGCAAGGGCUACGAGACGGUCUCUGUGCCGCGGCUCUUGGACCACCAGCACGCCCACAUCCGCUUGCCCGUCUACAGAUAAGAGCCGCCGGCGCCCUCGCCUGAAGCGGAGGGCAAAUCUCUUCUUAC